CUUGACGCCGCCGACGAUGAGCGGACAGCAACGAGCGCUCGGGGCGCUGCGUCGCGGGGCGCAGGGGCUGCGCCGCACGCCGCUAUCUGGAGCCCAGCACCCGCUGCGUCUGGGCAGCGUGCAGGCCGCUUUCCCGGCGCUGGGAGUGCCGCUGUCGCUCGACAACCGCCACUUCUCCACCUCUGAUGCGGCGCCGCCGACGCUGGAGCUGACGAUGGCCGACGGACAGCUCACAGACGUGGCAGCUGCGGUCACUGGCAGCGGCACGGGCGGCGAGCCGUGGGCCAUCGUGCAGGGCGUGCAGUCGGUGCUGGAGGCGGUGCACACCACCACGGGGCUGCCCUGGUGGGCGACGCUCAUGCUCUCGGGUGUGACGGUGCGCGCCGCCAUCUUCCCGUUCUACGUGUUCCAGAUCCAGGCCAUGCAGAGGCUGGUUCAGGCAAAGCCGGACUUUAGCAAGCUGUACUCGGCCUACAAGUACGCGCGUACGUUCACGCCUGGUUCGGACCACAAGGGACAUCUUGACGCCAUCUUACUCGGAAGGAAAGGCGUCAAGGCUGUGACGAAGAAGUACAACACGCGGCCCGUGCAGACGGUCAUGGGCUCUGUUGCUUACAUCCCCAUCUUCGUCCUCAUGGCGUACAGCGCGCGCGACAUGGUGCGCUCCGGCAACUUUGCGGGCUUCGAUUCGGGCGGACUGCUCUUCUGGAAAAACCUGAUGGAGACGGAUAGCACGUAUAUCCUACCUAUCAUCGCAGCGGCAUCGACGUACGGCAACCUGGAACUCUCCAUCCGCAAGAAGAGUUCUUUCUGGACGCAGGUUCUCCAGUUCGGGCAAUACGGCACUAUCUUUGCCAUCCCGCUCAUGGCGAAUCUGCCGCAGGGUGUGUUCUUCUACUGGCUGGGGGCGUCGUGGUCGUCGAUGGCUCAGACCAUCGCGAUGGACAACAACAACUUCCGCCGGCGCAUCGGGCUUAAGCCCCGAAUCGCGCACACGGAGUCGCCUGCUGCCGCUGCAGCGGAAAUGCUAGGGAAGGCAGCACCAGACACCACCGGAGGGGCAACCGUUGUAGACACGGCAGCCACCGAGUCCAAACAGCAGUAG